UGAUCGCAUAUCMUUUACAGCAYCGUAUUUAUAAAUAUAUUAAUAUUAUAGACGAUAUUGUCGAAGCCAUACGAUGAGGGUGGAACUGGAAUCUGCCGUCAAGUUUAUAAUUUCGAUGCUGCGCGCGGGACACCGGUCGAAGCUAGUGCGCAGCAAGGGCGACAAGUUCUUUCUGGAACCCGAGAUCGAGAUGUUACAACUGUCGCUAUUAACCGUCAUGAACCGUCAGUACAAAGACUUCUGGUUCCCCGAGUCGCCAAACCGCGGUUCCGCGUACCGUUGCAUCCGGAUCAACAAGGACAAAAUGGAUCCGAUCAUCGCUCGUGCCGCGGAUGCGUGCGGCCUGUCGUGCCACUUGAUUCGUGCGUACUUGCCCGACGAGCUCACGUUGUGGGUGGACCCGUCCGAGGUGUCAUAUCGCAUCGGUGAGGAGGACGGCAGCAUUUGUGUACUGUAUGAGGGCCCUCUGCAAACACCGCACGAUAUGGCCACCGCACAGCCAGGCCGGCCUUCGUCGUCAUCGUCGUCUUCGUCUUCGGUGUCUACGUCCCCCGGAUCGUUGUCCUCGUCCUCGCCGCCAUUCAACAGCAGCCGCAACAGCCAUCUCCAUCUCCAGCAUCAGCAGCAACAGCAGCACCUCCAGCAGCAACAACAGCAACACCAGCAACAGCAGCAACAACAACGACAACAACAACAGCAGCAGCAACAGCAACAGCAACAACAACAACAGCAACAACAACAGCAACAGCAACAGCAGCAGCAACAGCAACAGCAACAGCAGCAAAUACAUCAGGCCGACGGAAUGGGUUCGUAUUCAAGCUACACGUCCCCGGUCAAACCGUCGAACGUGAUAACGUUCGUGCCGCCCACAUACGGAUCUCCAGUACAGUUCGUACAUUCACCUUACCAAUCGUAUCCCGCUUUUAUUUCAAGUUAAUUUUAGAGAAAACGUAUUCACACCGAUUCAAAAGGAAAAUGCUUAUUUGAUGUGUAUUUUAGUGUUUAAGAAUGAAAUGAAAAAAAAACCUUAAAAAAAAAAAAAAAAAA